CCCCCAGCAACUAUCCCUAGCCCCUAGCCUCUCCUCUCCAUCGUCACAGGCUUCAGAAAGUAUCAGCACUCCGCCCACCGAGCAGAUGUCCUUCCCUGGCCCACACAAGCGGCCUUCAUCUGCCAGCACCACCGACGCCGAGGGCAGGAAGCGCCCACGGAAGGACGAGGAGCCUGAGGCGGGACCUUCGAACGGCGCUAAACCUGGCGAACCCAAGACAAAGCCCACUCGCGGCUCGAGAGCAUGCACAGUCUGCCGACGGUUGAAGAUGAAAUGUGUCGGGGCUGAACAGGGCCCGCCAUGCAAGCGCUGUCAGGCGGGAAAUCACGAGUGCAUUUUCGAGGAGUCGAACAGGGGGAAACGGUCGUCCAAAAAGCAUGAGAUUCUCACUCGUUCGCUGCGCAAAAUGGAGCGCACGCUCGACACGGUGCUCAAGUCCAUAGGAAAUCCUAGUAUUGUUUCUGGGAUGAUUUCGCGUUCACCAUCGCCCUCGGCUCAGUUGGACGCGACUCAGGCUUUGAUGUCUCAGACUGAGUCGCCUUCGCCGACAUAUUACCAGCACCGCUCACAAAAUCCGCCCAGUUCUCCCAAGCUGCAUUCCCUUCCCGACAACAGCCUCAACCCUUUGGGUCUCUUGGCCGAGGCAAGUUUGGCUAAUCGAAGGGCUCAGGUAGCUCACCCUGCGCAGCCAUCACCUGGAUCUGGAGGAGAUCCGCCGAAGGCUAUGGGUGUGGCAAGCGAUGCGUAUUUUAAACCAGGACCCAUGAACAUUUUACCUCUGCGAAGGUUGUUCAUUGAACGGCAAAUUCAGCCUGAGAUGUUGACGUUUGUGUCUACGGAGGAGGUAGUCGCUUUGUUUGACAUCUACUUCAACCAACUGCAUAUGCAUUGCAAUCUAUUGGACCGCGAAUUCCAUACACCAUCGCUGGUCUGCUCGCGAUCACCAUUCCUGCUCACCACCAUCUGCGCCGUCUCCUCCAAGUUCUAUAGUCAACGCCCAGAACUUCAUGGCAAGCUAACCGACCUCUCGAAGAAACUCGCGUUCAAUGUCCCUGCGCAAGGCUACAAGUCCGUCGAGAUAGUCCAAGCCUACCUCAUCCUUGCGAUGUGGGGUUGUGGACCGGUCGAGCGCUACGAGCAGGAUAAGACGUGGAUGCUUCUUGGGAUGGCGAUCCGGAUGGCGGUCGACUUGAACUUGCACCGUAAGACGGCUGUGGCAGUGCCGGAGACAGAGGCGGGCAAGGCGCGCGACAAGGAGGUGCAUAAUCGGGAGCGAACGUGGUUACUCUGUUUUUGUCUGGACCGGAGCGUUGGUGCCCAGAUGGGGAAGCCGUUCUCGAUAAAGGAAGAUGCCAUCAUACGCAACGCACUGUCCUGGAUUCAAUCGCCGCUCGCUACGAAGGGCGAUUUCGCGUUGGCGGCCUAUGUGGAGCUGCAACGCAUAGUGUCACGGAGUCUUGAGCAGCUGUACUCGGAUACCGACACUCCUUCGGGGCUGUUGGUACACUGCGACUAUCUGCUUGUUAUCAAAACUAUGGAACGUCAGAUCCAAGGUUGGUAUGCCCAAAUCUGGGAAGGCGAUAUCCACAGAGGUUCAGCGAGUUCUGAUCCGGCGGAUCAGUACGCGUCGAUGAUGUCGUCUUUCUACGCGAACUACGCGAUGCUCGUCAUCAACUCCUUCGGUCUGCAGAACGCCCUUGAGCGCUCGCCCGUGAACAAGCAGCAUUUCUUCACGAGGGUCCAUACGUGCGCGAAGACAUGUGCAAUCAUUAUCAGGGAUGAGUUGGGCCCUAGGAAUUAUCUGCGAUUUUCGCCCGACUCGCACUUCGUGUUUGGGUCGUAUGCCGUGCUGAGUUUGCUGAAGUUGAUGCGGCCGGAAUUUCUCUCGUCACCGGAGAACGAGCCAGAUACCAUUAGCCUAGUCAAAGCCGUCGCAGACACUUUUGAUAACGUCGCUGCAGGACCCACGCACACCCCCGCACUCUACGCUAUCUUCCUUCGCGCACUCAUCUCCGCUCGCACCGACCCCGACGCCCAACCACAGCAACAGCAACAACAGUCCUCUCUCGACCAAUCGCACAGCCACAAUUCUCACAACAGAGCCGCCAACAACAACAUGCAUGACAGCGAGCUCGCUAAUGGGCUUGGGUUCGGUGGUGGGAACCAGGGCGGAAGUGCACAUGGAGAGUCAGCGUUCACGCUGCCUGACUUCCAGUUCACGGGCGAGAUGGGACCCGUCGCAGAUCUUUCGGUGUUCCCACCGACGAUGGCGUCGAGGAGUUCGACGGAUGGGGAGCUGGCAGGGUUGUCGAUGGACCAUAUUCUCAGCGGAGGGUUCUGGGAUAACGUGCUCGUUCCUGGCUACGCGAAUCCCAUGGAGGGACUCAGCGGCGGGUUCGUCUAUGGUGCCGGUGGCAGCGGGUUCAUCACGCCGUCUAUGUCUCUGGGACUCUCGCCCGCUGCGUCUGGACAGAAUAGCCCUUCGAGGCUUUCCUCGGGUCCCAUGAGCGAGAUCACGCAGCAUGGGCUGAAUGCGGCUUUCCAGACUUCACCCUCGUCGUAGGGCUCGCAAAACAAUCAUACUAUCCACACCUCACCAGUCUACUCCAUCUAGUAACAUGAGAUACCAUGGUAGUGGGUGGUGGCGGUGAGUGGGGAGGUGGGGGAGAUUGGACGGAAGGAUGACCGUUUGGUGGUGGUAUUCUUGUGUUUGCGGCGUCGAGGAUCUCCCGGGGCAGCUUGGCGUGCGCGUCGAGAAUACUCACUGACCCACUGGAAUCGCCUCGGUUUCUUCUGUGUUUUGUCUCCCGGUUCUUCUGUUGUUCGCUGUGUUGUCUUACGGGUCCUACCUUGGCUGGCAUCCCUCUUCUUCUUUUUUGUGUACCAUAUAGUCGUUCGAUUCAGAGCUAUUGAUGGCUUCGACCCCUUCAGUGUCGCCGAACCUUACUCUGUUCUCCUCGCUCUUGUCUCUUUGCCGUCGAAUCAAUGCGACGUGUGUUGUGUAUAUUAGUAACUGAACCGCACUGCUCAUCUCGUCUUGUUUUCUGCUUGGUUCGUUGUCCGUCCGUCUCG